UUGAUCGCCUUUCCACAUUGCAUGGGGGUGGCUUCGCGCGCGCGGCGACCCCCAUAACCAACUGAGCGUCGCCAUUACACCACCAUAGGCGGCCGCGCAGCGUCGCAGACGUACUGAGAGUGAGACAGAUCAGCCGGCCGGCACAAACUCACCCCGGACCCAACCGUGCACGCACACGCGAACGGACACCACCGAGCCACGCAAUACGAGAGCGCGACAGGAGAAAAGGAAGAUAUAGUGAGGUAGAGAGGGUGUAAAGACGAAGAAGUCCGCCGGAAAGGACAGAAAGAGCGGUAGCGGCUUCCGGGCAGGGCGCAAGCUCGGGAUCUCCUUGUUUACAUCCGCCUAGCGCCGAUCAGCACGUUGCCUCGAAGUGGCACAAUCGGCUUCACCUUAUCUCGUCACAGUGAGGUUUCGCGUCUCUCGCAAUCUCUUACAAAUCGACGAUCAACGGCAAGGGAUCUCCAAAUCUCCUCCGAGAGAUUGCGCUUUCCUCACGAGGAGUCAUUCUACCUUUAGGACGUCACCGAAAAAAAAGAUCAGGGACUUGUCCAUGGCACAGAGCUUCAUCCUCGUUUAAUGAACGCAUCGUCAAAGAGACAAAACAGAAGAGUCUGAAGAGAUGCAACGGUGUCCAUACUUACAUGAGAUGAAAGAGCGUUUGCUCUCCCAGCCGACACCAACUGAUAGCCUGGACAUGGAACGACUUGACGGUGGUACUCCUGUUAAGGAGGCUAAUCUGCACAACGAUUAUCCGGCGCAUACAAAUCCAGGUGUGAUACCUGAACCUCCAGAAAUGCCACCUGAUUCUUUGAUUGGUACCGUUGUCAAGCUGAAUUCCGAUGGCUAUGGCUCGCACACGUCGCCAGCGCACGCAAGGCAGCCUCUAGUUCCACAGAAUUCGAAUAACCCACCCCUCUGCCUCACUCCUACGUAUUCCGGUCCAGCUAAUGGCAUGCUACCAAAGAAUGCGAAAACGUCGCUCUUCAUCAUCAUGAGCUUCAUCUAUUCAAAGCUACUCGUAGUCGUGUGCAUUGCUUACGUGAUAAGCGAGGUAGUGACACACAAACUGCCGUUGUACUAUUACGAGGGAUUCUUCACAUACCUUUACGGCAUGAGUAUCCUGUUCCUGUUGUACGUCUUCUGCUUCCUCCUUCAAGAGAGCGCUUGUUGCGCGAGAGGAAGCGAUACGCCACCACCGCCUCCAAGACCACCGAAAACUGGCUGGGCCCCUAAGGAACCUAAGGACAAGAAUAAGAAAAAGGAUAAGAAAGAAAAGGAUCAGAAGCAGGAUAAAAAGAAAAAAGAAGCGACUACUCAGGAUACAACCGAUGUUGAAGCUGGCGUUGCUACGCGAGUCUUGCGAAAACGAAAGACUUCGCAAAAUGAUCAUAGCCAUGGAAGCUUCUUCCUCAGAAUUGGUGCAAUAGCGUUUGGACUUGGUACUAUGGUAUACAACGGUUUGGAAUUCGGUGCAUUCUUCGAGGUGCCACCUACAUCACCCUGUUAUCAAAUUCUACAAGGCGUUAAUCCGGUGUUACAAAUGAUCUUCACCUUUAUGCAGAUGUACUUUAUCUUCAUGAACUCUCGAUUGAAUAUUCAUCGCUUUAAAGUCAUCGCUCGCUUUGGUCUGAUGCACGUGGUCGCGACAAAUCUUUGCGUAUGGAUACGCACGCUGGUUCUGGAGAGUCUCAAGGAGAUCACUCAGUAUCACAAAAAACUAGGCCAGUUUCAGGCGGGGAUCCUCGAGAGCAUUAAAAUGCACUCGAUGCGAAACGCAGGGGCUAUAUUGGGAACCGAGCCGCGCGACAUGGCGCAAUUGCGAGAGGCUCCUCUUACGAGGUCAACGACCGUCGCGCCGACCGUCACCAGCACGGUUGUCACAGUCGGCACUGCUCUGGGUCGCGUAAUGACAACGACAGCUAGAUCGAUCGCGGACGCAUUCACUUCGCCGUCUCCAACAUCCACCUCGACCACCACUUGGACAACCCCGUCGACAACGACCCCAUCGACCACUACCUUCGCGUUGCCUAAUCUGACGACCACCACGGCGACAACUUUAUCCACUCUUUUGACCACGUUCACACCAUCGACCACAAGCACCACCACCACUACCACUACCACCGAGAGGAUCACCACUAUCCCGACUACAACGAGCACCAGCACUACUACAACUACCACGCCGUCCACUACCACGCUAUGGUCGCAGAUGAUAGAACUACUGAACACCGCGCCACAGAGCGACAUAGACAACCAAGUACCGCAGAUCUUUGAUGUGAGUAAUUUGACAAAUAGCAGUGAUUACUGGAGUCCGAAUUUAGGUAUCUACGCGGAAGCCCUAACGGAGGAUGGCACAGUGUCCAAUUCAUGCGGACGCGUCAAUAUCAUGGGAACCAUCGUCCAGGACGCGGCGCCAUAUCUAUUUCCAUUUAUAAUCGAGUACAGUUUGAUCGGGGCAGCAGUGAUCUAUGUCAUGUGGAAGCAUAUCGGCCGACAUCCGCGUUGGCCUCAUCUGGCAGAGGCUGAUCUCGAACGUCGUUUGGAGGCUAUGUUAUCGCGAAGAGCUGUCGCUCUUGCUCAUGCAGGUCACACUAGAGUCGACUGCGUUGGAGCAAGCAAAGGUCUCUUCUUCGGUCUGCUUCUUCUGGUUGGUUCCCUGAUAUGCCUGAUACUGUUCUUCGUGCUGAUCCAUCACCCGGAGUUCGGAUUGCUCGCGAUUUAUCUCGCUGAUGUGUCUCACUGCGUCUUAAUGGCGUUAUCGAUCAUCGCCAUAAUUAUCGGCUUCAUUCGCGUGCAGAGCCUCAAGUUCAAGGCCGAGGAGCAAAGCGACCUCAAUGACAUCCUCCUGCGCGUCUCCGCUUUCGGUCUCUUCGUCUACGCCGUCUUUAGUGUGAUCGCUGGUUCCCUGGCGGCCUUCACGCACGAGCCGAAUCUACUGGUGAUGGUGACGGGAUUGCUAUCGGUCGCCCAGGUGGUCCUUCAGAUGCUCUUCAUCGCUGAUGUGUCGCGCAGGCGAGUUCACCUGCCGGAGCACGAUCGCAGCAAGCCCGGCAGACAGGUGGUUACUUUCCUGCUGAUUUGCAACGUGACCAUGUGGGUGAUCUACACUUUCGAGACCCAGAAGGUUAUCGCCAAUCCGGUGCAGCUUGAUUUCUACGGAUUCCUCGCUUGGGCUAUCGUGCAGAGGGUCACCUUGCCACUGUGCAUCUUCCACAGGUUCCACAGUGCCGUGACGCUGGCCGAGAUCUGGAAGACUAGCUACAAGGCGCGUCUGGAGUAGACGAGCGGGGAGUCCCGUCAUAGUCAAUCGUCCGGAGUGAUCGUCGGUUGGAACGAAAGAGUGAGCACAAGCAGGUCAGGAUGCUCGACGACUUCGAUCACGUACAUCGAUUUCAGGUCUCGAAAAAAAAGGUUUUUUUGAGGAGAGAGAGAGAGAGCGAGAGAGCGAGAGAGAGAGAGAGAGAGAGAGAGAGAGAGAGAGAGAGAAAGAGUGGAAGAUCGAUUGGGAAGGUCGACGGACGGAAAAAUUGCAAAAUGACGGAUCAGCCGGAAUAAACGAACAUAUAGAGCGUGUCUGACACGCUUGUUGCACGAAGAAGUCUUCGGAUGAUAUCCAAGUCGUUGAUAAUUGUUAAACAGUUCCAAGAAUUCAAGUUGGAAGUUGAAGAUAUAUCUCGUUGAGAAACCCUUUAUCGACAUCUGAAGAGGCACUUCAGUGAUACAAUCAAGGUCGAUCUAACAUCCUCGAAGAGGAGCUUUCGCGUAAAGUGGAGCUAAAUAUGAUCGUGCCGAAUCGCAAAACUGUUUUUUUGUCUCCUGUUUUGUGUAUGUUGUAUUUCUUCUGUUCUUUUUGGUUUUUUACGUUGUUAGCAUUGAUCAAUAGAGACAACAGGGAGAAGGACGGAUUAAUGACAUCUGGACGAUUGACGAAUAUCUUGUCAAUCGGACAGGCUUUCGCCGAUCUCGGCGUAAACGAAGCAGAAAACAACAAAAAUGUUAGCGCAUACGCAUUUCCCUUCACCGCGUUUCUCACCUUACACGAUCUCUAUAUACUGCCACUAAAUUUUCUACUUUUAUAUGUAUAACGUUAUAUGUACCGUAUAUGUACCCUCGCCCCAUUGUGCAUUAUCAAGAGCAUUGUAGACAAUUCGGUUCACUCGCGGGGAUUUAAAUUGUUCGAUAUAUUUCCCGAAAUUUUUCUUAUUUCAUUCAUUACGGAUAUGUCGGAUCGCUGUGAUAUACUUUUGUGAAAACUUGUGUCGGCGUUGGCGGCGAAUCACCUUCUAUUCGUACGUUAACGUAUCUUUAAGUAAAUACUUAAAUAUUUUUAUAAGUCAUCGAUAUUUAGCGGAUGAGAUUAGCCUCUAAGUUUAUCGUGUUUGUUUUACGCUCUCCGAUAUACCGUAUAUCUUACGAGGCGUUAAUUAAUUUUGGUAUCAGAAUUCGUCGUAUCAAAUUAGCUGACCGUCGAAGCGAACGGCUUCGCCUUUCCGUAUUUUUUAUUGAACUAAUUUCACGAUCGUAAAAGGUAGUGUGAGCGGAGCUCUUAGAUUUGUUUAUCAAUGCACACGACGUGUGACAUAAUGACAGCAAGUCAACGAGCAAGAAACGAGCGAAAUCGUCGUGGUUGCAUUUUUCGCGGUCGAAGUUUAACUGCAGAAAUUUUGAAAAGAGGCUCGACGAAGAACAGUGUAUAAUUUCGCGGCGUUAUUUGCUUAACGAAAGCAAAUCGAGCGACGUUUCAGUUCUCGCGAAAGAUCCUCUUGUUCUCGAAACGCUUUCGUUCAAAUCGCGAGUGCUUCCUCGCAUUCAAGAGCGCGCAAUUAACGAGAGACCCGUCUCUUCAAAAGGGACAUUUGCAAACGCAAGAUCUCCAUCGUCGUUUCCCGUUGCGUGCCGCAGAGUACAAAAUUGUUUUUGAAAUUUUACGAAUCCCUUUAUCGACACUUUUUGAAUAUUCGUUCACUUUGAAUGAACACGCCGACCGAUAUCGUGUACCUUUGUCGUAUCUUCAUCGCGAGCAGUUGGCACACGGAGGGGCGCACGUUUAAAGAACGACGUUGUACGAGGAGUCAAUGAGGAAGGAGACCCGUGUUUCGAGCCAACACGAGCGAUAGUGUAUAGAGAGUAUUUUGUUUCAUACACGCCGGGUACUCUGAAUGAAUGGCAUAUACUCGAAAAGCUUUCACGAACGUAAGCGGAAGUUACGCUCUAUGAUGCAGAUUGCCUGACUAAAAUGGUGAACGUAAGAGCAGCGCGAAGGAAGUCAAUGAUGACUUUUGCGUUUAAAAAGGCUUAUUUUCGUCGAAAAGCGAUUCGUACGUAUUUGUCCUUUCAGCUAAUUAUUCUGACAGACGGUACGAUGUUUAAACAUGUCAAAGAUUUCCAUUGUGAAUGGCUUAAUUCUUUGAGGGGCGACGGUGCAGCUUGUGUACUUCACGUAUAAGUCACAGUAUAGUGUAUUAGGUGCCACGACAUUUGUGCGUUUCUAUGUUGGUGCGAUGUGGUUUAAUUUGUGAACUACAGUGCCUAAGUUUCGCUCUAGUACUGCUUCUCUCUUUCGGAGAUCCUGCACAAAAUACGCUGACUUUCUCAGCCCCUGAAAGAGUUAAGGGAGAGAAUUUCUGGGGGAUGGGAAGAGGGAGGGGAGGGGGGAGGGGGGGGAUAGAAAAGAAACGAAGACUAUAAUCGGUUCACAUAAAUAGAGGAGCUCGCACACCACUCACGAAAAUAUAAGAGAUAAUUAUUGUCAUCAUUAUUGAUUAGUGUUUAAGCCUAUCUCAAAGAGAUCGAUCUUUCGCAUUUACUUCGCUAUUGAUAUCGUAUGUAGAUCGUUGAGAAAAGAUAACGUUCAUCGUAUAGAGACUAUACUUUGUGAAUUCCUCCACAGUCCUUGUGAAAAUACUCCCUUCUCCUGAGAAUUAAAGCACACAUUAAAUUUUUAUUUAAUAAAAUUUAUAAAUAAUGUAAAUUUUAUUAAGUAAAACUUUCCCGCGCAAUGAGAAUUAAACAAUAAUACACAAGACAUGCUCGAAAUCUUGACAGAAAUCAUAAUUAUACACCAGUCGACGUCUUUAGCUUUUGAAUUUUAAUUAUUAGAAAUAAUAUAAAUAAUAAGAGACGCCC